UGUCUGCUAACGGAGCGGAGGGGGGCAACCCUGCCAUGGUGCUCCUGGAGAGCGAGCAGUUCCUGACGGAGCUGACCAGGCUGUUCCAGAAGUGCCGGCUGUCGGGCAGCGUGUUCAUCACCUUGAAGAAGUAUGACGGUCGCACCAAACCCAUUCCCCGGAAGGGUUCCGUGGAGGGCUUCGAGCCGGCAGACAACAAAUGUCUGUUGAGAGCCACUGACGGGAAGAGGAAGAUCAGCACCGUGGUGAGCUCCAAAGAAGUGAACAAGUUUCAGAUGGCCUACUCCAAUCUGCUGAGAGCAAACAUGGAUGGGCUCAAGAAGCGGGACAAAAAGAGCAAGAGUAAGAAGAGCAAACCAGCACAGUGAGACGCUGACGGCCUGCUUUCCCCAGCUCCCACUCAGUGGCUAGGCUUCCUUUGGUUUUUCUUUUGGGCCACAAGGCUAAGUGUCUGGCUCCCAGUAGCUGCUGUUUCCCUGUGCAAUGCGGGUCAUCUUAGAGAGAGGGGUUGAGUGUUUACAGGGUAGUUGUGGUAAGAAGCCAGUUUAUGUCAGAUCUGGCCGGUUGGUCUGUGCUGCAUGGUUGUGUUUUCCUGGGGUAUAGCUUAAAAGUUUCUCAGACAUCUCUGUGAAGCACAAUGGAUCAUUAAACCUGUCUGUCAGCAUGGA